AUGAAAUUUGUGUUAAAUGAUUUUUCAAAUCGAUCCUAUAAUUUUUUGAACAUGGUCAAAGUUCUUAGUAUACAUAUCGAAUGUCGAUUACUGCCGCAGCACCUUGGUGAUACGGCAAUAAUAGACGCGAACUUUGAGAGGGAGAUGCUAGCUGAUUCUUAUUAUUCACUUCGGGUAUUACCUAAAGGUGCAUUUUUUAAAUUGUUUACUAGUGCCGAAGAUUAUGUUAAAGAUUAUGAAAUGCGAUAUGGAUCAACUGAUAUUAAAACAGAUGACGAUGAUUGGCAAAACGAUGAAAUAAAUGAUUGGCAUCGACUUCGAGAAUGUUUUGAUGGUAAAAAAACUGGUACUAUAGUUGUAUUGAAAAGUGUUCGAGACUUAUCAAUAAUAAGCGAAAUGAAAUAUAAUUCACGACGGUUUAAAGAGACACAUGUUUCACAAACAUCUACAAAAACUUUUGAAUCAGAAGAAUCCUUGUUUCCAAUUUUUGGUAUCACACAGGAUCCGAAAACUUUUGUAUAUUUUAUUGUAAUGCCUUAUGCUCGGAAAGGAAAUUUAAGAGAUAAUUUACAACAAAUUUCCAAAUUAAAUUGGAAAGCUAGAUUAGAAUAUUUACUAACGAUUAUUAACGGAAUUAUUAGAAUUCAUCGUUCUGAUUUAUUUCACGGCAAUCUACAUAGUGGAAAUAUACUUUUUUAUGAUGAUAACAAAUUAUUAAUUAGUGAUCUUGGAUUAUCACAAGUAGAAAUGAAUAUCAUUGCUUGGCUAUAUUAUUAUUAUUUUUAUGAUGAAAUUAAAAGUAUCAAUGAAGGAGAAUUUCUGAAGGCAAUCUUACAAUUUCUGAAUGCAGACGAACUCUUAAAAUAUAAGACAGAAACCAUGUCAAUUUCGAUUCACCAUCCUGAAGCAUAUCAUACAAGUCGGCUUAUUAGUUUUUCUGGAUUGAAUGACAUUUUUGAUGCAGAAUAUGGUUUUUGUCCAGAUUGUAAUCAACGAAAUACGUUUGAUAAUUGGUGCGAACCUUGCAAUGCUGAUCGAUUUCGUCAAAAUUUUUCAAAAUGGACAAGCGGCAAUAAUUAUAUUGAUAAAUUUCUUCAUGACUCACAACUUACUUUUAAUUGGGAGGAGAGACAUGAACCAUCGGUAUACGAUGAUGAUGGUUCGUGUAAAGGUCGUAUCGUUGCAAUGAAACGCCUUUAUAAUUCUUCAACUAUUGAUAACGAAUUCUUAAAAGAGGCUGAAAGUACGGUUAUUCGACAAAGCUUCGAAAUUUUUACUUUAUCAAAAGCCGAAAAGUUGACUUUGUCUAAAAAUUGA